AUGUCUGAAGGCGAGAAAGUCCGCGCUUCCGGCGAGACCCCGCGCGAGACGCUGCCCACCGUCAACCCGGCCGCGGAGAAGGAGGCUCCCAAGGCCGCGUUUCACCCCGCCGUCUACGUGAGUGUCUGGAUCACCCUGAGCUCCAGUGUUAUCCUCUUCAACAAGCAUCUCCUCGACUACGCCAACUUCCGUUUCCCCAUCAUCCUCACAACAUGGCAUUUGACUUUCGCAACGAUCAUGACCCAGCUGCUGGCUCGCUGUACCACCGUCCUUGAUGGCCGCAAGUCCGUCAAGAUGACCGGUCGUGUCUACCUGCGCGCGAUUGUCCCCAUUGGUCUCAUGUUCAGUCUGUCCUUGAUCUGCGGCAACAUGACCUACUUGUACUUGAGUGUGGCCUUUAUCCAGAUGCUUAAGGCUACCACUCCUGUUGCUGUCCUUCUCGCUACCUGGGGUAUGGGCAUGGCCCCGGUCAACUACAAGACCCUCGCAAACGUUUCGAUCAUUGUCAUUGGUGUCAUUAUCGCCUCGUUCGGUGAAAUCAAGUUCGUCAUGGUCGGUUUCUUGUUCCAGCUCGGUGGUAUCAUCUUCGAGGCCACCCGCCUGGUCAUGGUUCAGCGCCUGCUCAGCUCCGCUGAAUACAAGAUGGACCCCAUGGUUUCCCUGUACUACUUCGCUCCUGUCUGCGCUGUCAUGAACGGCGCCGUUGCUCUGUUCCUUGAGGUUCCUCGCGUCACCAUGGACCACAUCUACGGUGUCGGUGUCUGGGUUCUCCUGGCUAACGCCAUGGUUGCUUUCCUGCUGAACGUCUCCGUCGUGUUCCUGAUUGGCAAGACCUCAUCUCUGGUCAUGACCCUCUGUGGUGUCCUGAAGGAUAUCCUCCUGUUCUUCGGUUACUCCAUCGCCCUCAUCGGCCUUGUCUACUACAAGCUUGGUGGUGACAAGAUGCGCGAGUACACCAGCCAGGCCGGCCGCGCCUGGGCCGAAUACGGCAACACCAAGCCCGGCCAGCGCAAGUUCGUCAUCUUCGGUGCUGCUGCUCUAGUCUUCUUCCUCUUCGUCGGUGCCAUGGCUCCUAGCUACGCCCCGGAGCGCGUUAAUCAGGUCAAGGGCAUGCUGGGUGGUGCUGCCUCUGGCAACGCUUAA